AAAACGAGAAACUUCGCUUAAUAGUUUGGCUCUUCCUCACCCUCACAUUAUCGUAUAAUCGAAGAUCUACUAACUUCUAUUCUUUUGAUUUUGAUGAUACUGUGGGGUCGUGGCUCUGAAAUUCCAAUUUCAAAGUUUGAGGGUUGUAGAAAUAGCCUUAUCCGAGGAAGAAGCAGAAAUAUUGUUUCAAAGCAUUUGGUACAACUUUAAGCCCUUCAACAACGAACAAAGGAUUCUUUGGUAAAGAAGACCAAAACCAAAAUAUGUCCUCUUUUUCCGCCGGUGGAGGCUUUAUUUCCGAUCGCGACGUGAAUACGACUAUUGCAAGAAACAAUAUUGUGCGUACCCUGUGGAUCAAUAUCUUCCUGGUGAUAGGGAGCACGAUUACGUUUGGCCCAGUGUUCGACAAAUAUGUUCUCACUUUGUCGGACCGGAAUUGGGUCGUUGGGCUGGUGGAGUCUGCGAGCGGUCUUACUAGUCUCCUUGUUUUCCUGCCUGUUGCAUUCCUGGUGGACAAGUACCUGAAAAAGCGAUCGAAGCUUGUGCUGAAGUCUGCAUCGCUGCUGCUGUUGGGUUUCGUAAUCCUCGUUAUUGCGAUACUCACGGACUCAUUCUAUGUCCUUUUUCCAGCACUCUUCAUGAAUGGGCUGUUUUACGAACUUUAUUCCUCAGCCUCGGAGGCACUGUUCGCGGAUAGGUAUUUUUAGCUUUGUUUGUACCAAUCGGUCAUCGAGUAUUAACUCUCACUUCGCACCAUAUGAUUGAGUAAGUACAUGAGCAUAUUCCUCAGCCUCGGAGGCACUGUUCGCGGAUAGGUAUUUUUAGCUUUGUUUGUACCGAUCGGUCAUCGAGUAUUAACUCUCACUUCGCACCAUAUGAUUGAGUAAGUACAUGAGCAUAAACUGUAAUGACUGCUGGAACUGGAUCUGGGAAGCUUUCAUGUGGCAGCAUCGAGAUCAACCAAUCUUCUCCUGUUUGUUUUCAGUGCCGGGGUCACCGGUGACCGUGCUGCGUGGUAUGUGAAGAAGCAAGUGUACACCACCGUAGCAGCCGGUGUUGGUCCACUUUUGACGCUUUUGCUAGCUUUGUCAGACGGAAAAUCAGUAUCCGUUGAUCCACAACGCCCGUCGUUUGCAUCGACGUUUCCGGUUGUCCAUCGGUAUCAGAUGGGUAUCGCAAAUGUAGCCGUACAAUUUCCACAGUCACCAUCCUCACUCUUAUCCAUGAUUCAGAAGGGGCUUCCAGAAGACUGGAAUAACACUAUCUUCGGCGAAGACAGCACAUCAUCGUCAUCGUCUGAUAAGAGCACGCGGGGUAGGGAUGAAAAUCUUGUUAGAACAGGUGGAAUCGAAAUUGCGGACCAAAACGAUUCAGCUGACAAGAUUCGAAGCGCUGCAAGUACUACAGCCUGGAGCUGGAGCGAUCUUAUUAGAAGAUCUUCGGGGCUGCGAGUGGAAAGGGAGAGCACCGAGAAAAAAAGGCGAAGUUCACUUUCGGUGCAAUCAGCACAGGCAAAUGACGGGGAGGACGGCGUCGACAUGUCUAGCAUCGGAGGUAGGAGUGCCGCGCUACGUUCGGAGGUAACGACCACGCCUUUGCCUGAGACAGAUAGUACCAGAAGAACAGACAUAGGAGACACGCAGCAUAAAAUGAUACGGCCGCUAGUUUUUCAUGAUGGCGUGCGGAGUAGCCUGAAUGGAUUCCUGUCAUAACAAAACGAGGAAUUCUAUGAGAUUCACUCACUCACAGAUGAUCAUGAAGAACUACCUCUUCGAGUCUAAAUAAAGUAGAGCAGGAAGUUGUAGACCACAUGGAAGGGACUACCAGUGCUGACCCUGCGUCCGCCGGAGACGAAACGCCGUGGAGCCUAGCCUUCAUGCACUUAGUACUGCUAGCUGGAUCCGCGGUGUUUUUGCCUAUUUUCUGUUUUAUCUAUGGCUACCGGGACCUGAUUCAGGAACAGGAUGCUGAGGGCAUGGUGAAAGAGACCGACGAUGAGCGACAUCUGCGCAAAUUGACGCGGGCGCAGAAACUCGUACCUUUCUUCUGCGGGAUCAGCGACUUCAUCGUAGCGGUCGGCGCUGGUAUGACGGUGAAGUUCUUCAACCUCUUCUUCAUCGAGGACUACAAGUUUACGCCGUUGCAAAUCUGUGCAUUGCAGACAGCUUACCCAUUAACGAUAGCGCUCUUUACCAUGUUUUUAGCGGCCGUAGCAAAAGUGUGCGGCAGGGCGCAGACGAGUGCUGGUAAUAUGAGUGAUAAGCUUCAUCGACAUGAUCUUCCCAUGGUAAUUUCAGAGACUUCGUUCCAACAUCCGCAACAAAAACGGACAUAUUUCUGAUGAUGCCGAACCGAUAACGAGAAAUUCUGCUUUUUCUUGACUGAAAUUCUUCUUGAUAUUGAACAUCUCACACGUUCUUGCGAACAGCAUCAUGAACAUACUCUCGAUGAAGAUAGAAUGCAUCGAAAAAAGCUUAAACGACCAUUCGCACAGUUUCCUUUACGAUCAAUGCUUUGUGCAUGAUUUUGAUGUCGACGCUGGAGGACGUGCGAGUUUUAGUCGUCGUUUUCUUGCUGAGGGGGGGUAUGGCGAAUGGCGUCAACCCUUUGGACCGGUCUAUACUGAUGGACUACACACCCUCAACGCAGCGGGGUCUCUGGAAUGCAGUCCAAAGUUUUACUAGCAUUACGUGGAGUGGCUCUGCUUUUCUGGGUGGAUAUAUAGCGGAUGUGAAAGACUACAGGUAAGCACCGAUGAGAAAAUAGGUGCGCGAUCUUGCUUACUUACACAUUUUUUAUUUUUUGAUUUGGCUUCAUGAUUUUAUUCUUGCUUCUUCCAUGGUUUUGUAAGUUCGUGCAUCUUGCUAUGAUAAACCUCACGCGGAGAGACCUCAACCUCCUACGACACGGAUUUAGAUACUUUGUGACCCCUCAGCACAUACAACAAUCGUGCCCAUUUAGUUAGUCAUCUAACAGCAGGGUAGAGCAAAGAGAAGCAAAACGAAGGAGUAGAAGUCCUAAAUGAUAUAAAUUUGAACCUCCAGAAAAAGGGAAGAAAUUCUGUCUAAGGUUCUGACUAGUCAUCUACCAGCACGUGGCUCAAUACUGAAGAAGCCUUUACUUAUGGGAAUUUCAUGUAUCUGCUGACUACAGGCAAACGUUUCGGUACACUGGAUAUGUUUACCUUGUUGGGGUGGCGAUUUACUUUCCGCUUGUCUUUUUAGUCCCCAGGAAGGCUCCCGAGCGAUGCUCGGAGGAACCGCGAUCGCCUAGCGAGAUGAUGCCCCCGACGAUUUCAAGCCAGACACAACUUGCAGACGACGUUGUCAUCAUCAAUGGCGUUUCCUUGCCGAACGACGGUACAGGAAGCACUUCUCCCGCAGGUACAAAACAGCCGAUUCCCACGGAACAACCGCUGCUGUAUGUGCGCGGGCGCUCACUUUCUCGAGACGCGGAUUGCUAAGGAUGAAAAUUCGGGGCACGAUUCUUGGUACGUCUAUCUUCCACAACGAGAACGAUCUAAUCGUCCAACCAUGGAAAAAGGUGAGGGUGAAGAGGGGGUGGUGGUGGGAUUUUUUCCGUCGUCUUGCUCAU